AACUCAUAAAUGUCAGCUGUUUGCUUUAGCAAAAAGUCAAAUUAUUCUACANAAAGCUAUGUUUCAGCAUGUGUCAGACAUGUUGUUUACCAAUGUGCAACUACUAUUGUGUGGAUGCUGAUGAGCGUUGUUAACUAAUGUGUCAUCAUAAACAGCCCUCCCCACCGGACGGGAAAGCCGAGAACCACCACACCCCGGGCAAACACCCCACGAGAGCCACGGCCCAAACACAACAGACCCAGAAACUCCCCUAAUGGGUUAACUAGAUUCGGACCACAAAACUCGACAGCUCCUCCCAGUACUCCACAGACCCGACCCAGGCCGGACCACUCCACAGCCCCCCCUCCCCCCCACGCGUACGCCGGAGCCACCGCACCACUGCACAGCCGCUGCCGCAGGGCCCCAACUUCCCAACACCAAGGAAAUCCGGGCAAGGGGGGAACCAAGGCUAGACCACCGCCAUCGACCGCCGCAAGGACGCCCGAGACGUCCGCCGGACAACAGCCGCUAACGCCGUCCGCCUUUCCUCGCUCGCCAUGGCAAUCGGUGCAAGAUCGGGACCACUCGAGGAGGUGAAGACGGAAGAACGCCAUAGCCGCGCCGCCGGGCCCAGGAAGAGCCAGAUGCUCGCCGGAAUUAGGCAAAUCUAGGGCCGCCGGAGGAGAGGCGCACACGGUGUGGACGAUCGAUUAGGGCAGAGAUUGGGGAUUUUUUGUUUUCACCAGAGGAAAGAGAAAAGUUUGUGUUGAGGAAUUGACAUAUAAAUUGAGUAUUAUUCUACAAAUGGUUUAAAAGUGCAUUACUUGGUCAAACUAGAAGUCUUAAAAUUUACCUAAUUUAUUUCAUAUUUUAACUGCUAGGAAAAUUUGGUAACAUCAUUGUUUAUUUGUUAAUUAAAACUAAAAUUAGAGAUUACAUCAGCGCCGUUGAAUGCAGUCUUUCAAUCUUUAGUUUCUUGUCAACGGAUCUGUGGGAUUUACCGAUAAUCACUCUUCUAAACUCUCUUUCCGAUAACAAUGGCGGCCUCCUGGAUGAGAUUCUUCCUUAUUCUCCUCAUAAUAUUAACAGUUGGAAUGAUGAUCGGAGUUUUGCUUCAAUUGGCGUUUAUUAGAAGGCUGGAAGAUUCUUACGGGGCCAAAUCUUCUUUGUCGAGAGCUCAGAGUCUAAAUGCAGAUGUUUCUUAUUGGGGUGAUAAAGAAGCUGCUGCCCUGCGUCUCGGAUAUGUGAAACCUGAAGUAAUUAGCUGGUCACCUCGUAUAAUUGUAUUUCAUAACUUUUUGAGUCCGGAGGAAUGUGAUUAUCUUAGAGCUAUUGCCAAACCUCGUCUACAGGGGAUGAAGAGUAAAGUUAGAACUAGCUCUGGCAUGUUUCUAACAGUUGAAGAGAGGAAAUAUCCCAUGAUUGAGACAAUUGAGAAAAGAAUUUCUGUCUACUCUCAAGUGCCAGUUGAAAACGGGGAGCGUAUUCAGAAGCACAGGUAUGAAAAGGGUGAGCUCUACAGGCCGCACCACGACUACUUCUCUGAUACGUUCAAUUUGAAGCACGGAGGUCAAAGAGUGGCAACCAUGCUCAUGUAUCUCAGUGACAAUGUUGAGGGAGGAGAAACAUAUUUUCCACAGGCUGGCACUGGAGAAUGUAGCUGUGGGGGCGAAAAGGUCCCAGGCCUCUGUGUGAAACCGGUCAAAGGAGAUGCUGUGCUUUUCUGGAGCAUGGGGCUCGAUGGAAAAUCAGAUCCAAACAGUUUGCACGGUGGGUGUGCAGUACUCUCAGGAGAAAAAUGGUCGGCCACAAAAUGGAUGAGACAAAGCAUCACUUCAUAAGACACGCUGGAAAUGGAAAAGGACCGACUUCUGAAACCAUAGCAUAUCGAACUUUUGUAACAUGACAGUUUUCACUUUGUUUUUCUUAAAUUCUGCAAUACUCUUGGAGAAAAGAACAUGGAGUGAAUCUCAUUUUGCAGCCUGAAAUUAAAUCUUCU